AUGGGGGAUGAGGUGCGGUCGCUCGUGGAGCUUGUGUUCCGGCAGCGCCACGAGGAGGUACUGACGUGCGAGAGCGUCAUCGUUAUUGGGCGUGGGACGUCCAACAAGGGCUCGAAGGCACGUCUGCUGGCGCUCUGCCGCCCGUUCGCUUCCUCCUCCUCGUUGCCGUCGUAUGUGACACAGACGACGUUGAAUGUUGUGCAGGUGAAGUCCGGGCGGGUAGCCAAGGUUAAGCUGGUGUUUGUUGUGACACGCCUCGUGGACGUGAGCCACGACGGCAGUUUUGACGCAACCUUCAACUUCGGCGGAAGCGGCAUGAUCUCCGUCGCCUUCGAGUCACACAUUCAACGAGAGAUGUUUGUUGCGGCGGUGCAUAAAGUGCAGCGGGACUUGCAGCCACAGUUGACGGCCGUCUCGCGGGACGUGCAGGCCUUGUUGACAGACGCGCUGGGUGCCGAGGUAGAGGCAGACGCUGCAGCACGUGUGAAAAGUCUGCAGCAUGAGAAACGUCGGGCCCUCACUGCGGAGGAUGAGCAGCGGCUGCGAGAGUUUCUUGGGUGGAACGGCUUUGACGACAUCCGGAGUGCAGAGAAGCGACUGUCAACGCGGCAGAAAGAGGCUGAGUUGUCGUCGGUGGAGGUGCUGUUGACGUCAGUCGGCGCAUGGGAAGCGGUGCGCUCGCACAUUACGGAACUGAUUAUGGACGUGGAGGGGCUUGAGGGGCGUAUUGGGCAGUACUCACGGCAAAUACUUUCCAAGAAGGAACAACUACAGCGCAUUGAACAUCAGAGCAACGUGCUGCAACGCAAACAGCGGAAUUUACGGAAACUGCACGAGCACCUUGAGGCGUUAUGCAGUCAACUUAGCCUCCCGCCGCACACGAGUACGCUACUUCUGCGGCUACAAAGCACUCGAGACGAGGAGUUGGUAAACUUCUUUGCUGAGGGAAACAAUGCGAAGUUGCUAUCUGUUGCGAUGAAGCACAUGCGGUCGCUGCUGCAGAACAAAAAGCUUGGGACGGAUUACCCUAUCACAGCUGUGGCGGAGCGUCGUGCGUUUUUCAUGGAGCAACGUCGCAUGAUUGCUCAACGUUCCAAGGCGUAUAUCCUUGCGACAAUUAGUAAGUACGAAACGACCUAUCGCGCCGACCGCGCACGCUAUAGCGGUAACGGACGGCUCGUGUGGCGAAUGCACUUGGAGCUCAUGGCACAACUAGCAAGUAUCCGUGACGUGAUCACGGCGCUGGUGCACAUUGACUUGGAGGGUUACAUUGCUGUACUUCGCCGCUAUCGGGCGAGCAUGCAACGCGUCUACGCCCUGGAAAUGCACAAAUUUUUCAAGUAUGUACGGACCCACGUAAAGAAGGUUGGUCACCGCGGCCCGUUUCUUCUUGGUAUGCGGGAUUCCUCGGGUGAGACCCUCGCCAAUCACAUGGAGACAACAGAAGCUGGAGAGACACCGCUACGAGUGUGGGGGACGGGUAACAGCGUAGCUUCAACACCGGUUGCAAGUUUGUUGCGCACCCCAAAUGGAGGCAACGGUGAAGAAGAAGAGGGAAUGAUAUGCAUUGAGUUGCCCACAGCUCGGGACGCAGGUUUGCGGCUUUACGAUGUUGCAGACGCGUGUGAGGCGUCGGCUUCCGCUGCACGCAAUUCCUCCCUAUCAUUGGCCUCUGGAUGGACGGGCACUUCUGGUGGUAAGCUGCGGCCUGAUUUGGCUCUUGCCAUGGUGCUUGAGACAACUUUUAGUAUUGUCCUGCAGGAGGAGGAGACCCUGCGGCAGUGUUUUGGGAUUGUUGCGAAGGCCACAAAGGAUGAUAAGACGGGUGAGUUGCUUAGACCUUUCAAUGAAAAUGUACUGGCAACCUACGCGGAGGAUGCAGCGAGGCUCUUGAACGAUUCUUUGCUGGAGUUGUUCGGUGGCGACAAACUGGUGCAGUUCCCCCCGAGCACGGCGAAUUUAUAUGACAGAAAAAUGGCAUUCUCUGACGCGGACGGGGGGGCUGACAGCCGCAGCAGCGGAAACGACGCCACGCAGGCGCAACAGGCGUGUUAUUUGUUAAGGCAGCUUGUGGAGAUCGCGGAGUUUUGCGGGGAGAAGUGCGAUCGACUGUACGCCGUGCCGGUUAUGGUCAUGCUGCAAGCAUACCGCUGUGAAGGUACCCCAACUUCGGAAAGCGUGUUUUGCCAGAUGUUGCUUCAGGCCCUGGAGCCGGUCGUGGCGGCAACUGUUUCACGGAGUAUCGCGGAGCAAACCGCCUCCAUUGCCACCUGCCGCAAGCGCUACUUUGUACACCCUGGUGGGAUGCUGAGUUGCUUCACAAAAUUUCCGGCGUUCGUGCAGCGCAUGGAGGCAGUGCACAACGCACUUCCACCGGCAGUCUGCGACCGCAGGAAGUACGCAGCUAUUGCUUUGAGUUUUGUGGACCAGGCGUUUGAGGCACUAAACUACAUUACGCACCUUGGUGGUGCCGAGGCGCGCAGUGGCACAAAGCUCAGUUUUCUAGAAUCCAUUGAGAAGCGGGCGGCGAAGUGGCUUGAUGGACUGGACAACAACUCUGUCAAGCGUGGCAUCAUUCAGCAGUAUCGCCACCAUGCCUUUUUCUGUGCCUUUUACGCUUCUCUACCCGAAACAGCCUACGCCGUGGAGUUGCUACGGGAGCGAUACGCUUCCUCUCGAACGCUGCUGGACCACUACGAGGAGGCCUACCUCACACGCAUUCUCCUAGUGAAGAACUUCCCUGAGUUUGGCACCUUUGUGCUUGUAGCUGAGGACCUUGCCCAGAUCCACUCACGCGAAGAGCUGCGGCACCACAACGCGCUUUCCGUUGAGGCCGUACGCCGUGUCUUGCGUUGCCUGCCGCAGGAGGUGCGCAGCGGCAUUCCGUCCAGCUCUCGCCGCAUGAAAAAACACUUUCUCCGCGAUGUGACAGAUCAAAAGGAGGAAGGGUCCUUUCAUUGCACGCUUCUGCAGCGCCUCUGGCAGCAUUUCUCCGCACUGCUUCUGCAGAAGAUUGACUUUUUGAAUGCGUUGCUCCGCUGGCCCAUGUACACCGGAAUGGAAAUGACCGUCACACGAGCCGAGGUGUUGGCUCUACUGCAGGCUGCUUGA